UUGAUUUUCGCAGUUUCUAUCCCAGAUUUUUCCCGUGAAAAUAGAGCUGCAGUUAUCACUAAACAAAUUAAUUUCAAUUGAAAAUAUAAAGAGAGUUUACUAUAGUUGUGUUGGGGCGUCUGUAUCGUACAUUAAACCUACUUUUACGCUGUGUAGCCACCCGUAACGAUCUUUCUGAAUAUACAUUACAUUCCCGUGGUGUUUUUCUGAAAAAUAAGCUGUUUUAGAUAAAAAUGAGUUCUAUAGCGCAACAAAAGGUCCUUGUCAAGGAAGGUUUAUUUCAGUUUAUUACAAAACAUAUCCCUAGUGCUGAUCUAAACGUGAUAGAUGAUAUAGUUCUUACGUAUGUGAUUUCGAUCCUGGAAGAAGCUUCGCAGGACCCGUGCUUCGAUGUUGAAGGCUUCAUAGAAAUGAUGUCAGCAUACGUGCCACAAUUCGGUCACAUUGACGCUGGGCUGGUCUGCACGUGGGUCCUGGAGCUGGAAGCUGAGCUCAACCAGCGAGAUGACACGGAUUCGCUUUCAAAUAACGAUGACUCUGCAAGCAGUGAUAGGCUCAGCCUUACGCUGCAGAAUCUCAGCGAGAUGCUGCCUCCAAUGACUAAGAACAGCAGCAGCCGAUCUCACUCCAACUCGGAGUCGUCUGAGAGCGUGGAAGGCAACAGGCGCCCCCUGCUGGAGGAAGACGUGCACGCGGAACAGUGCAAGGCUCUCGCUGAGAUGUUCCCCAAUACUUGCGCCAUGGAGAUCAAGCACUGCGUCUCAAUCGGUCACGGUGACGUCGAACGCGCUGCAGCUACACUCCUACACCGCCGUGAACAAGGACAGUCUCUGUCCGCCGCCGCGCUGCAUUCCGCCGCGCGGACUACUCCGCUCUGUGACGACAGCGAGCUCAAGAACAGGAUCAUUGCUCGAUAUUCCUACGUGGACAAGAACGCGGACCAGAAGGAGCACAAGCCGCUCGCUCCUAAGAUUGAGCCAAAGAAGAUGGUUCGGUACAGGGACAACAAGAUCGUCUCGCUCAAGGGAGAGAGGUACACUGAGGUACCCAAGUCUGGAGUCGACGAGGAAAACUUGAAGAAGCCCAAAAAACAUCACUGCCCUUAACCAUUAAGAGCAUGUCAGUACAGU